ACUCAAGUAUCGAUCUUAGACCACAUCCCUAAUCAGAGAUGUCAGAAACUGAAUGAACAUGAUUAAAUAAAUUGUAAUUUUUGCAUCGAGUACACCUACGAUUCCGGAUCUUGCUGUAAUUGUAAUUCAAUCUUGCUGUAAUCCAGUGGCGCUUAUAUACUGUUUACAAAAUUUAUUAAAGUAACCUAAACAUAGUAUACUGAAAUGUCGGUCAGUAAAUUGGACUCUGUUGAAGAUUUUAAUAAUUUUAUAAGAUCACCUGCACUUGGAGUAGUACACUUUUCAGCAGAAUGGGCCGAACAAUGUAAACAAGUUACAGAUGUACUUGAAGAACUCUUAAAACUUCCUGAAAUUCAGUCGAGCAAGACACAAUGUGCUGUUUGUGAUGCCGAGGCACUUUCUGAAGUUUCCUUGCAAUAUAAGGUAGAUUCAGUGCCUACAGUUAUAUUAUUUAAGAAUGGAACUCAAGUAGACAGGAUUGAUGGAGCAGAUGCUGCUCAAAUUAGCACAAAAAUUAAAGCACAGAGUCUUAAUAAGAGUCCUGCAGAAAUAACCCCUCAGAAACUUGAAGAUCGACUAAAAGCUUUAAUAAAUAAGCAUAAUAUAAUGGUAUUCAUGAAAGGGAACAAGGAAACUCCAAGAUGCGGGUUUAGUCGUACUCUCAUACAAAUUCUGAAUGGAACAGGCGUUCAAUUUGGUACUUUUGACAUAUUGACGGAUGAAGAGGUUCGUCAGGGUCUGAAAGAGUAUUCUGAUUGGCCAACGUAUCCUCAGCUUUAUGUAAAAGGAGAACUGAUUGGAGGUUUGGAUAUAAUAAAAGAAUUACAAGCCAAUGGGGAGCUAGAAGCAACACUAAACCCAUAAGCUAAAUUAUAUUUUAGGUAUUUUGUUUGUAAUUUAUUUGAAAUAAAGAGUUUUACAAAAAAUUCUCAUUGUUUCACUACCAAAACUAUUUAAGCAACUUGAAAGUACAAAAAUAAUCAAAAUUUCUCAGUUCUGUUGUUCAUGCUGGUAUUCGAUUAAUUAUUUUUAUCAAUAAAAUUAAGAUAAAAUCCUCCAGCCAGAACCAAUACGGUAUGGCAAUCUUUAAUUACAGUUUCGACUUCAACUAUAUCUUAAAGGCUUCGUCAAACAGAACGCGUACUUAGCGCUGCGUCACGCUCUAACGUCGCGCUCUUUUCAUGUCACACAAAUUGACUAGAUGAGUCCGACGCUCCUUGACGCAACGCAUUCGCCAAAUCAUAGUGCCUUUCGAUAGCAGUGUGAAAAUAUAAAAGUAUUAAGAUGUCGACUCCAUAACUCUAAACACGACAUUUUCGAUCCUCCCGAUCCACUAACCUUGCAUUUAGGUACCUCAAGCAUCGGUCAUCAUUCUCGUCGAACCCGUGGCUUACGACGAAGAACUCGGCGAAUUUAACUAACCCACAGGCACAGCCCACUGAGUUUCUGCCGGAUCUCAGUGAGUCAGGUUUCCGAUCCGGUGGUAGAUUCUGCGAAGGACUGCUCUUGCUAGGGUUAGUGUUAGCAACGUCGUCAGGUUUAAGCCCGGUGAGCUCAACUACCUAUUUGUUAGAUUACGCUGACAUAACCUAUCAAGGCUAUCAGCUUAGAAAAAAAUCACUUCAUAUUAUCAUUUUUCAUAUAAAAGAUAUGUAUGUAUGGUAUUAUACCUUUGCCUAUCUAGUUGGAAAAAUAGAACUAGGUACUGCUACUUGCUUAAAUGACAGUUGAAUGAAAGUAGACGUCUAAACUUUGAAUUAUACACUGCUGAAAUUACAUUUACGUUUUUACUUCUUCGUUAAAGAUUAAAAUCUGUCUGAAAAUACUUUUCCUACAUUCGCGAAUUAUAAGAUAAUAAGUGAUAAUCGAACAGUAAUUCUAAGUUACGUAAAUAUGGAAAAAGUGUCACCGUUCCGCCCAAGUAAGUAGCUGACAUUGUUUUGAAUGCGUGUACAAAACAAAACAUCCUAAUAGUCAAU